AUGGGUGUUGAGAGCACGUGGGGAGAAUAUUCAUGGGCGGUCCCCAGCUCCUGCUCCUCGACCCUUUCCGAUCCUCCUGGCUCAGAGUAUGAGCCUGAACCAUCCUCACCUACCCAUGAUGGGACCAACCGACCUGCCACCACAGCAGCUGCCGUUGUGGCUCCGGUAACGCCUCUGCAAAGCGGCCUAAGGCAUACUUUUCUCAGCCAGGAGGAGCCAUCCGAUGGCAGCCCUCCUGUCAAGAAGAAGAGAACCACUCGCGAGACUAAAUCUACCAAAGGCUACCCCCAAGAUAUUGCCCGCCUCACCCGCUUUGGCAAGGGUACCUAUGCCAUUGGCCACGGCCCGCUCCCUGACGAUAUCGACUGGACCCAGAUACCGGUGCCCGUAAUCAAGGAACAGCUGUUCAUGCGGGACAAGAGCUGGGUGGCACCUGCCGAGGCAGAGCUCGGUCUCACACACGAGGCCGCAUUCGAGGUCGGUGAUGGAAUCGCCGCCCAGCAGCGCCCAGGUGGCUUUCGCAAGGGCGCCAACGAGAAGACUCAUGCAUCUACGAAGAAGGCCCUCACACAGCGCAUGAUCUUGGUCAAGCGUCAGGACACCAUUGAGUGGGAUGACUGGGGCUCUUAUGACCCCGCGAAUACCAACUCUGCCGACUUCUACAUUCGCGGUUCUGACAAGACGUACUGCAUCACCAUCAACAAUUCGCCCAAGUGCGAGUGUCCUGCCAAGAAAUACAACCCCCAAAACCACUGCAAGCACAUCAUAUAUGUCCUAGUUCACAUUCUGCGAGCGCCUGAGGCUCUCAUAUAUCAAAAAACACUCCUUGACGACGAAAUCCGGGCACUCCUGACGCAAGGCCAAACCUCCGUCCUACCUUGGACCAGAUCAACAAUGAUCCAACCAUGA